AUGUCUAACUAUAUCGGAGACAAUCCGUAUAAUUCAAACACCUUUGGCAAAUCUCUGUCAUUAAGAGUUGACGGGGGAUUCAAGGCUGUUUCCAUAAGUCCAUCAGGUCGAGAUGCUGUUUUAGCUAGCCGACAAGGCCUGUACGUCGUAGAUUUAGAUGAUCCGUUCUCUGCACCUCGCUGGCUUCAUCAUAUUACGUCGUGGGAAGUAGCAGAUGUUCAAUGGUCACCGCAUCCGUCUAAACCCUCUUGGGUCGUCUCAACAUCGAACCAAAAAGCCCUAGUGUGGAAUCUCUCCAGGAGUUCUUCUGAUGCUAUCGAGCACGUCCUUCAUGGCCACUUCAGAGCUAUUUCGGACAUAAAUUUUCAUCCUCAGCACCCAGAAAUCCUGGCGACCUGCUCAAUCGACGCCUACGUGCAUUCAUGGGAUAUGCGCUCACCUCGAAGAGCUUACUAUAGUGCAAGCGUAUGGUCUGCUGGAGCAUCACAAGUGAAAUGGAACUUUCAAAACCCCAAUGUCAUGGCGUCUGCACACUCAAACGACAUUUAUAUUUGGGAUUUGAGGAAGGGCUGUAUACCAUUGCACGUACUCAAGGGCCAUGUCAACAGUGUCAAUAGUAUAGAUUUUAAUCGUGUCAACGAGACCGAGAUCAUGUCUUGUUCUAACGAUGGCACCGUUAAAUUCUGGGACUAUUCGAUAGAUAGUUGUGAACCACAACGUACUGUAGUCACAGACUUUCCCGUGGCUAGAGGACGGUACCUGCCCUUCGGUAAAGGCUUUUGCGUAAUGCCGGUUACAGGUGGCAAUAAUUCGAUAUACCUAUCAAGCAGCGUCACGGAUAGUGAUUCAGAGUCGGUAUCUAAGUUUCAGCCGAUUUAUAUUUUCAAAGGGCAUAGCGAUUGUGUUUCUGAUUUUCUGUGGAGAGUACGACAUAAUAAUAAUUCUGAUGUUGAUGAUCGAGAAUUUCAAUUAGUGACAUGGUCAAAAGAUUGUGAUCUCAGGCUAUGGCCUGUCCAUGAUUCAACCUACGAGAAAGUGAACUAUAAGAGAUUACAACCUCUGAAAACGCCACUUCCAGACCAUGAGUAUCGAACUUAUCGUCAAGAGCCUCAAGUUUCUCGAAAUUUAGCCAAUAAAUCGAGUCGAGUCGUGGAGCACUUUGUUACAAAAUCUGGUUCAGAAAGCUUCCGCGACAAAAAUAAGGUGAAUCACCUAGCAUGGGUUUCCGGUGUUCGGCUACAUCACGCAAAUUCACAACACAAUGUGUUUGAUCAAGAUAAGCUACAAAAUCUUGGUGAAGAAGUCAGUAUGGUUGGCCACAAGUUUCCAAAAAUUGUUUUUGAGAAGAUAUCUGUAUCCACGGGCACUUUGAUUUUGACAUUGAAUGGACCUUGGUCGGAACAAAGUCCAGAAGAUUUGGUUUUUCUAAGAAUUCAAGUAUCUUUCCCAUCCAGCUAUCCUCGCAAAGAAUGCGUCCCUCAUUUCAAGAUUGAAGAAAACCGGGAGUUGAGCGCCUCAAAAAUUGAGGAAAUAAACGAACAGCUCAGUAAGAUUUCUCGCAGAUAUGUAGAUUUGGAAAAAUACUGCCUCGAGCCAUGUUUGCGUUUUCUAUUGGGUGAGAAGAUUAACUUAGAUACGCUACUCGAAGAAGAGGAAUUGCUAAAUCUUGACGCUGUUGAUCAUGCAGAUUUGCAUGAUCUCUCGUCCUUGGAAAGUUCUGAUAUAAGAUCGGGUGCCAUUUCUGAAAUGUCGAGAACUUCGGAUGAAGAAGCUGGCGAUUUUGACAACAAGAGUAGCAACGAUGCGUUCGUCACUCGUUCGGCCAACAAUUUGGAUCUCGAUACUACUCCAAUUCCUAAAGGCUGUGGUGCAACAUGGACACCAUCCGGCCAGCUUGUUUGCUUUUUUCUCACGGAAGGAAAAGCAGAAAAGAAGCAGCAAAGCUUGUUAAGGCUAGGUCGGCGCAGUGCUACUGGAUUCAAGGAUAAUACGAAACCAGAACUUCUCUACGAUGAUGAAUCACAUACAGUUUCUAAGCGGCCUAAGCGUUACGUGGAGACACUUUCCGCGUCCUCCGCGCAGAAUAGUGAACCAGCCAAUUCAGCGAACGAGUCUGAUUCUGAAGAAAGCUCCGACAGUUUUGGAGACGAUUGGAAUGACAUUGUCCGUAGCGAUAUUACGUUAAGAACAAGAAUGCCUGUGUUUUCAAAUUUUAAGAAAACCUUAGCGUCUAUUCCGUCUGAUGGCGGAAAGAGCAAUGUAUCGGUGCCCAAGUCCAAGAACACGGUGAUAAUUCAAGACUUCAGUCAUUUAGUCGCUGAUAAGAAACAAUUGGCCCUUGAGUAUACUUUCAACGGCGAAUCCUUAGAAGCGGUCUGUAAGUACAACGCUCAGGUAGCGGAAACUCAUGAUUUUGAAGAUGUAGCUCAUUGCUGGCGAAUGAUAGCUAAUGUAUUAAUUGGUAGGGAAGAAAGGAAUGAUAACGGCUUUGGGUGGGACCCUCAAGCUUUGGGUGACCAGUGGUUUAUUAAAGAGACGAUGAAGUACUUCGAAAAACUGAAAAAUGUUCAGAUGUUGGCUAUGUUAAGCUGUAUAUUAAUGAGUCCGCCGCAGGGAAACGAUGAUACACAGGUGCCGAGAAAUAGGGGAGAGAAUAUUAUUACGUUUGAUAACGAUUUCCAUGGUAAUUCUGCGCGGUCCCACCAAGGCUCGGUGUCAUCUUCCGUGAAGUCUGAAGACUAUUUUUCCACACACCCUCCAGGAGGGAAAUUUUCGAAAUACAGGCCUUCCAAUGCUGGUCUACGCUCGGAAGUCAACAUGGCGCCUUCGCUACUACCUGAUAUUAAAAUCGAAAUAAUAAGGGACGAGGUGCUUGACCUCAUGGACGGACAAACUCCGCCCCUGCUUGACCCCCUUGACGAACAAAAAUAUAAGUCCUAUCGGUAUCAAUACGCUGAGCUGCUUUUCUAUUGGGGUCUGUUGAUAAACAGAGCCGAGCUUCUGCAUUUCAACAAUACUGGUGAUUUUUUUGCGAAUGAUUUGUGGCAUCACCCUACGGGCAGUGACCUAAACGGCUCUGAGCAGCAGAAGUAUACUGGGGUUUCUUACAAACUUGUAGCUAAUGGUGGAGAUAGUCGUUUGAACCGCAUUUGCAAUUACUGCGAACUAAAGGUUGACGGACGAGGCUUCGCAUGUGGGAACUGUCAGCAUAUCAUUCAUGCUACUUGUGCCAAGAAAUGGUGGGAAAUUAGCGAUGAUUGUCCUUCAGGAUGCGGCUGUCGAUGUGUUGAAAUGUUUGACGUUGUGUGA